AUGAAAGCAAUACUGCAACGAGUCCUCUCGGGCUCCGUCACGGUCGACCGGGAGCUCGUUUCGUCCAUUGGCCGCGGUGUCCUCGUCUUCGCGGCCGUGGCCCCUGGUGACACUGAACAGGACAUAGAGUCCAUGGCAAACAAGGUGCUACGCAUGAAGCUCUGGGACGACGAGGCCGGCGGCAGGGCAUUAUCGCAAUUCACUCUGCUCGCCAAAACGACAAAGGGAACAAAACCUGACUUUCAUGGCGCCGCCAAUCCUGAGGAGGCCCGGCGGCUUUACCAGUACUUCGUCGAGAAAGUACAGUCAGGCUACCAAGCUGACCGCGUCAAGGACGGCAGAUUUCAGGCCAUGAUGGAGGUUGCCCUGGUAAAUGACGGGCCAGUAACCUUGGAACUCAAUGUCGGCAGCAAGGCCGCACGAGAAAAUGGCAUAAAGGAGUAA